AUGCCCUCCUUGGCCAUGGCUCUCGGCAAGCUCUUCUGCAGAAGGCCUCAUACUUAUGACUCUGAACCGAGCUUUUCGAUAUACACCCCGGCUCCCGAGAUGAGGACUCAUGGCCUUCACGGAGGAGGCACUGCACACGGGCGCUUGGGGACCUCAAGCAGCCACGCGCGGCACCUACAGUUAUAUGGCCCAGCACUGUCGUCCAAUCCACUUGCGGCGUUUACACCGGAACUCAGCGGGGAAGACACUGGGUCGAACUCGGGCCAGUACGGCAAUACCUCCUCAAAUACCUCGUACAACUCGCCACAACGCCAACGACAGCUACACCAACGACGGCAACAGUACUCCCCGCCAUUCUCUUCAACGAGUCCAGGCCCAUCCCAACCCCACGUAUCCCAACCGCAUUCCCAAUCCCCAUCCCCUCCAUGCCGCAAAUGCAGACACCCACUAACCCUCUGCCGCGUGCGCAACGACGAAAACGGGCACCUCAACCGCCCGUACUACCGGUGCGACCGAUGCGGCAAAUUCCGCGCUUGGGCGGAUAUGCACGGCGUGUAUGAGCGGAACCCGGAUUGCCAGUGUGGGGAGCGCAGUCGGCUCGAGGAGUCGAAUGGCGGGGUUUGGUAUUUUACUUGUGUGACGGGGAGGUGUGCGUACUAUACGGAGAGGGAUUGGAGGGGGGAUGCGGGGCAGCGGGGAGGGGGGGGGUAUUGGAGUGGUAGUGGUAGUGAUCGGGGGAGGCUUGAGAUGCCGUAG